CAACGGCGAUGGAUGAAACUCUAGAUGUGCACAGGGGCGUAUUAUAUAUUGCAGGAGCUACAGGUCCUGUUUUUUGUGUCACCGAGAAAUGGAUUAGAGAGAAGCUACAUUUAACGAAGAAUCCUCUUGGUAUGAGAUCAGCCAGGCAACCAUGUAUAGGGGGUGUUGGGAGUGACUAGUCAACCCAUGCCGUACAAAGACUACACCCACUAAUAAGUAGGGCUAGCUAGCCAACUACUCCCCACUGGCAUUUUGCCAACCCUUAGAGCCAAUCGUUUUCCGAAGUUACAGGUCUGUUUUGGCAGACUUCCCUUACCAACUAUCUGGCCUGUUUUGUGCAUGUAUGGGUCUCAUGCAUGUUACCUCAACACAUCUGAAAGUUUUUACAUUCUUUUAUUGUGCUCGAAUCAUGGUCAGCUGGGGUGUAGGCUAGCUUCAAUUGGAGGUUGGGCAAAUCUUGACGGUAGCUGUCACAAUCAUACUGGUAUGUAUGCUUUGGGGCUGUUGUGUAUAAUUGGCGAGCGGUAGGAAGCCAACCCUUGUGAGCCACUGGCAACAUUUUAUGUAACGACCAACCGACCACCGUGCCAUAUGUAUGUUCCACAUAUUUUUAAAUACGCGCACGCACUCCGUACAGCAAAAACCUCGCAAACCAGGGAGGCACACCUCAAUCAGCUAAGAACUGGUAUGCAACUAAGACGAGCACUGCAAACUGAAGAGGAAUGCAUGAUUGCAUCAAUUGCAACUGCGACAAUAGCAGCGGCUUGCAGCUGAAACACGUGCACCAUCAACAUACUAAGGUGUGAUACCUUGAUAGUAACUAUUUGAGACAGCCAUGUGUUCACUUCUUAAAUUAUUGUAUGUCUCACAAAUCAUGCAUCACUUUAUGAAAAUUAAACCACCCUCAACAAAACAAACAAGUUGGUUCGCUACCACUCGCCAUAAUGCCUAGCAUUCCACUAGUAUACAUGGUUCUGCUGAACAUGACCAUUAGGGAGCCAAGUGUGUUGGGAAAGAUCACCGCCCAAGCCUUGGCAUCUGGUGACUCGACUCCUGUACUUUUUUUCAUUCCUGUUUCAUAGGUGAGAUGAGGUAUUGGUCAGUAGGGAGGUGCAAUGAACCUGCAAGACCUACUGUCCUACCACCUUGUAAAAAUAACAGCUCACGCUUUACUUACAUACUACAUAUAGAAAGAAGGAAGAAAAAGAAGUGUGAGAAGGGCUGCUGGGGCUUCAUGUAAGUGUUGGUUGGUAAUCACGAUUAGUUGUACGGCCUAUUGUAUAGUAUUUUUUACCAUAACUUGUCCAGUCCAAGACAGGGCAAUUUUUGAAAAAGCUGUGACUCUAACACAACGCUAUACCACAACAGUCUGUCCUAACAUCAUGUGGUUGGCCUAUAAUAAUAGCAAGAGUGCACCACAUAGAAUGCUGUGUACAUUUCUGUUCAAUGUAGAAAAUAUUCAGUCCCUGGUGUUACCUGGGGGAUACAGUGACAAAAUCACACAUCUGGGAAGAUCCCUGCUGAGCUUUACUCAACUCAGACAUCUUGACCUCUCAAGGAAUGCUUUAGAGUCUCUACAGGGUUUGGAGCAUUUAGAGCAAUUGGAAUCUCUUAACAUCUACUAUAACAAGAUAUCAUCAUUAAAAGACCUUUAUCUGCUUCAUCACAACUCAAAACUUAUAGAACUUGACCUCAGACUGAAUCCAGUGACACACCAUGAGCCAGACUACCGGCUGUUUCUCAUUCAUAUGCUACUUCAUCUACGCACACUUGAUGAACGAGCUGUUGUUGACAGUGACCGAAAGGCUGCCAUAAUGCACUUUACGACGGCUCAAGCUUGCUUGCCAGAUGCACAGCCAGAUGUGAGAACUGGCAAACCCAAUUGCAGUGAACAACAAAAAAAGCAUGGUGCACUGCAUGCCGAAAUGGUUCAUACUAUUGCUCCACACCAAGCCCUACAAGAUAAUACAGACGAGUUACUGGAGCUAGCACACAGUGGUUCAUCAGUGAGGGCUCCCAUGAAAGCCAAUCUCAUGAGGAACAAAAGUGCUGCAAGGGAAAGCCAUGCAAGAAUUGGGCAUAAUGAGGGAGAUGAGGCAUUCUCGGGUUUUAAAGUGAAUUUAAAUUUCACACCUGCACCUCACACCGAUGUCAAAUGCGAUUCUCAUUCGAAUGAGAGAGAGGCGCUGCAAAAAGAAUUUACUGCCGAAUUUGAUGAAAUUAUGACUCAGUUAAUCACCUUGUUACAACAGUAUGUUCCAACUGAUAUAUCAUUUCUUAGACAGCACACAACACUAAGAGAUGAAAUACACAAGCUAUGGAAACAAGAUGCAAAAACAGACGGUGAAGAUCAGAGAUUGCAGAAGGAGUUGGAUGAUUUGAGGCGACAACUCGACAUGAAACAAUCUGCAUUGGAAACCAAGGAUAUAGAAUUGAACAGUCUAAGUGAACAGAGGAGAAAGUUGGAGGCAAUGUGUUCAGAACUAGUACACAUUCAGCAGGAUGUCCACUUCAAAAACGAUAUUACUCAACUGCUGAAGCAAGCUAAUACCAACAUUCUGUUAUUGCUGGAACAGCUACAGGAGCAAAAUGCUCAGAUUAAAGCUGCCCUAGAAACAUCAGUGCAGCAGUCAUGCAGGAUAGGUGAACUAGAGAGUGCUAAAGCAUCACUUGAGUCAGACCUAAGAAGUAAUCAGCAGAGAAGACAGAGUGAAGCUCAUGCUAACACAAAGCUUCGAGAACUAACUGAUAUGGUACAGGAGAGCCACAGAUCUCUUGUGACCACAAAUGAUUACCUGCUGAAAGAGCUGGAGGAAGCGAAGUUGAAACAUUCUCAAGAAGUUUCACAGAUGCUUAAAAACUACCAACAUUUAAAGAAAACUCAUUCAUACCUGUUAGACACUUCUAAGCACGUGUAAACCAAUAAUGUCCAAAGCUAUUAUAAAAGCCUUUCUCUUAUGGUGCAGCCAAAUCCACUGACACAGGCAAAAUAUUAGGUCCGAACAUAACAUUGCAUUAGUAUUCUAGUGUAUGCUCUGCAUAUAUCACUGCAAUUUUGGUGUAAAUAUUGCAUGGGUGUGGUGUGUGAUGGUCCAAAACAACUGAUUGGAGCUAACACAACAAGCCAGCGCACCUCAAACAAAACAUACCACAUACCAACUGAAACUGC